AGACUCCAACAUUCAUGCGCGUUCUUUUCGGAACGCACGAGUAACGUCCGUGAUCCAUUCUCGCUCGGCGUAUCCUAGACUUUGCCAAUAUCGUUGGUCUUACAAUUGUGAAAAGAGAAAUAGGGUGGGCCACGCGAGAAAAAGAAUCGCACUCUGUACAUACAUAUAUACAACGCUGAAUAGCAACGGCGGCAAUUGUUACGUGAUCGAGCGUUAUGCAUGAUACUGCAUAUUGACAUACGUACGUAUACUUUGGUGAGUCGUGAAACGGAAUGCAGUUAUCGAUAUAGAUUCGAAUAGAUCAUCGGUGACAAAUAUCGGUAACGGAUAUCAAGUUUACUUUGCGGGAACCCCGAAGUUUCACAAUCGACAUACGACGGUGCCGGCGCACAUUGAUCUUACACUAGUGCGGGAAUUGGUUAUCGAAAAAAUGGCGGCUGAGGCAAUGCUAAAUAAGAACCGAAUGAUGGUGUUUAAGAACAAAGGCAAGGACGUCGAGGAGAUGAGAAGAAGACGUAAUGAAGUGACAGUAGAAUUACGUAAAAAUAAGCGCGAUGAGACUUUACAAAAAAGAAGAAAUGUACCUACAGAUUCAACGGAUGAAGAUGAUAUUGACAAACAUCUUUCAAAAAUCAGUUUGGAAGAAUUAGUAGCAAAAGCAGGUAGUUCAGAUCCAGCAGUACAAUUACAAGCUGUACAGUCAGCGAGGAAGUUACUAUCUUCAGAUCGUAAUCCGCCUAUUGAUCCAUUGAUAGAGAGUGGCAUUUUACCAAUCUUAGUUCGUUGUCUUGAACAACAUCAUAAUCCAUCUUUACAAUUUGAGGCAGCCUGGGCUUUAACAAAUAUUGCAAGUGGGACAUCAGCUCAAACGCAAGCUGUUGUUACUGCUGGUGCAGUUCCACUUUUUUUGCGCUUGUUACUUUCAAGUCAACAGAAUGUAUGUGAACAAGCUGUAUGGGCCUUAGGUAACAUAAUUGGAGAUGGUCCAAUACCUAGAGAUUAUGUUAUUAAUCUUGGUGUUGUACCACCACUGCUAACAUUUAUAAAACCAGAUAUACCUAUUACGUUUUUACGUAACGUAACAUGGGUCAUUGUAAACUUAUGUAGGAAUAAAGAUCCACCACCACCAGUUCAAACCAUAAAGGAAAUUUUACCUGCUCUAAAUGUGCUUAUUCAUCAUAAUGAUAUUAAUAUUCUUGUUGAUACCGUAUGGGCCUUGAGCUAUUUGACUGAUGGUGGUAAUGAGCAAAUUCAAAUGGUUAUAGAUAGUGGUGUUGUACCUCGUUUAAUACCACUUCUUUCGCACAAAGAGGUCAAAGUGCAAACUGCUGCCCUUAGAGCAGUUGGAAAUAUUGUGACUGGCACAGAUGAACAAACACAAACUGUUUUAAAUUGUGAUGCUCUUUCGCAUUUCCCUAAUUUAUUGACUCAUCCAAAAGAGAAGAUUUGUAAAGAAGCAGUCUGGUUCCUUUCAAACAUUACUGCCGGCAAUCAAUCACAAGUUCAAGCAGUUAUAGAUGCAGGACUCUUAUCACUUAUUAUUCGUAAUUUAGCAAAGGGAGAAUUUCAAACGCAGAAGGAAGCUGCAUGGGCAAUUAGUAAUCUUACAAUAAGUGGUAAUAGGGAACAAGUUGCACGGCUUAUACAAGAAGGUGUUAUUGGUCCAUUCUGUGAUCUUCUGUCUUGUAAAGAUACUCAAGUUGUGCAAGUGGUAUUAGAUGGUAUCCAUAACAUGUUGAAGCUUGCUGGAACCCAAGUUGAACAUUUGGCAAAUAUGAUUGAAGAAUGUGGUGGUGUGGACAAGAUUGAAGCGUUGCAAAAUCAUGAAAAUGUAGAUAUUUACAAGUUAGCAUAUGACAUCAUUGAGCAAUAUUUUUCAGAAGAGGCGGAUGAGACACCUUUGGCGCCAGGACAUGAAGGAGCUUUUGAGUUUGAUCAGACGACGAGUAUUCCGAGUGAAGGUUUUAAAUUCUGAGAGAGUCUCCACUUAUUUCUUAUCCGAUCGUGCCGUCCCCCGACAAACUCCGAUGCGGAGCCAUUUUGCUUUUCUCUUUCCUAUUUCUACAUCUCCUUCCUGUUCCAAUGAAAGUGUAGCAAUAUGAACUUACCACUGCUGUGGAUCAAGAAUUAUCGCGUUUGCUCUAAACAUACAGUGUGAUUUAUCGACUUCCGUAUUUUGGAAAGCUUGAACGAACUAGAGAAAGAAAGCUGGUUACAGAAUGAAAGAGAGCCAGAUAAUUACCAAAAACUGAUCAUCCGUGUAUUUUGAUUUUUUCUUUCCCCUUUGUUAUAAUACCUUACCUUGUUACCUUUUUUUCUUUUAUAAUACAAUGAUAAACUUAUUAGCAGUGUCUUUAGACGAGCGCAGCUAAUGACAUAAUGCAUGCAAAUAAAUUAUUGUAGUGAAAUCGAUUAUUUCCGCAAUGAAAAUAAGGAAACGAAAAGAAAAGAUUAUCCUGCACUGCAUGUUUCUACACUGUGUGGAAAUAAGGGAAUGAAAAGGAAGGAUUAUUCUAUUGCUUGAUCAUGCUGCUCUCCAUUCUAACUCAGGACGAGUCUUGGUUAGCGAUAUUACUUUUAUAAAAUAAUUCGUGUAUAUUUUAGGCAUGUUAAAUUUAUAAUGAUAUUGAUUACUAAAUAAAUGAAUCAAUUGACUACUC